CUUUCUCAUCACACACAGUGCAGCCGCGCGACCUGCUCCGUGCGGACCGGGAGGCGGACAGAGUUUGUAGCGGCAGAGCGGCGACCGCGCGUCGGGGUGGAAACUAACCGGACGACCGCUGCUGGCAACUCCCGGACCUACCGGACCUAGUGGUUCUUGAUUGGGUGAAUUGUAACCAUUUUUUUUCUUUUUUUUCCUCUCCCUCCCCGUCCCGGUGCUCCGUCCGCGUACGCCGCCACCUCCUCCACCCCACUGCCUCCCCGAGCGUGUCAUCAGCGGAGGAUGCUGUCGGUACAAACCGCCCGGUGGUGACGUUCACGGAGUAGCAGAGAGUGACCCCGGUCCGGACGGGUGUUCCCCCGGCUGGUCUCCAGCCGUUCCCCCGGAGAGAGGAGGCACCGGCGGGCUGACGCGCAGCGCUGGUCACGACAGUGGACCCGGACAGAAACAGUGAGAGGAAUUGGAGGAAUAAUUACCGCAGUCUGUGUGGAUUGUUUCAUUUGUUUUUAGGUCUUUUUUUCAUCCUUGUGGAUUGUUAAUUUUUUUUUCUCCCGGAGCAGCUCCGCCUGGGCACCGAGGAGGAGCGGAGCCUGUAGCCGGGCUGGAGCGCUCAGAGCUGGGGAACCGCGCGGCUUUUACCCGGUCCAGAGCGGUGCUGUCAGCCGGAGACAUGGCGGCUCUGAGGCGGGAGGUCCAGCUGUUUCUGGUAGUCGUCCUGCUGGUCUCCUGCGGCGCCGCACCCACAGACAUCCUGUAUCGGGUUCCUGAGGAGCAGCCGCCCAACACGCUGAUCGGCAGCCUGGCGGCGGACCAGGGCCUGCCCGACACCGGACACCUCUACAAGCUGGAGGUGGGCUCGCCGUACCUGCGUGUGGACGGCAAAACAGGCGACAUCUACACCACGGAGAUCCCCAUCGACCGCGAGACGCUGCGGGACUGCCGCAACCUGUUCGAGGGUGACAAGUGCUUCCUGGAGUUCGAGGUGUCGAUCACAGACAUGGUAAAGGGCAUCGGCUCGGGGCCGCGGCUCAUCGAAGGCCGCAUCGAGGUACAAGACAUCAACGACAACACGCCACAGUUCUCCUCGCCCAUCCUCACCCUGUCCAUCCCCGAGAAUACACACAUUGGCGCCCUCUUCUCCAUCCCCAUGGCCACCGACAGGGACUCCGGCGCCAACGGCGUAGCUGAGUACUCGCUGAGCACCGGGCCCGACGCCGACCAGCUCUUCAGCCUGCAGGUCGCCGUGGAUACGGACGAGAAGCUGCCUCAGCUGGUCAUCAUGGGCAACCUGGACCGCGAGAAGAAGGACUCGUAUGACCUGAACAUCCGGGUGGUGGAUGGCGGGAAGCCAGCGAGGGCGAGCAGCGCUCUGCUGCGAGUCACCGUCACCGACCAGAACGACAACGCACCAAAGUUCGAGAGGAACCACUACGAGGCCGACCUGCCCGAGAACAGCCCGCAGGGACACUCCGUACUGCAGGUCCGAGCCAACGACGCCGACACCGGAAACAACGGAGAGAUCGACUACAACCUCCACCAGGCAUCGGAGACGGUCCAGAGGCUGCUGCGCAUCGACCGCUCUACGGGCAUCAUCUACGUGAAGGGCCUGGUGGACCGCGAGGAGGAGAACUUCCUCAAGUUCUUCGUGGUCGCCAAAGAUCGAGGACCGAACGCCAAGACCGCCAAAGUUCUGGUGACCAUUAACGUUAAGGACCAGAACGAUAACGCGCCCGCCAUCGAGAUCCGCGGCAUCGGCCUAGUGACGCACCAGGAUGGCGUGGCCAACAUCUCCGAGGACAUGCCCAUCGGCACGCCAGUGGCGCUGGUCCAGGUGUCAGACCGUGACGAGGGGGAAAAUGCAGUGGUGACGUGUGUGGUCGCCGGUGACGUCCCAUUUCAGCUCCGACCCGCCAGCGAGUCAGCCAACGAUCGCAAGAGGAAGUACUUUCUGCAGACGACGACCCUGCUGGAUUACGAGCGCGUGAAGGAUUACAGGAUUGAAAUCGUAGCUGUGGAUUCUGGGAACCCGGCGCUGUCCAGCACCAACUCCCUUAAAGUGCAGGUUACGGACAUGAACGACAACACGCCAAACUUCUCCCCCGCCAUGCUGGAGGUGGACUUUGCAGAGGGCAACCAGCCGGGCGACAAGGUGCUGGACGUUAUGGCGACAGACGCCGACAGCGGCACCAACGCAGAGCUGGCCUACAACAUCAUCGAGGUGUCCGCCUCACGGCUCUUUGAUAUUGACACCAACACCGGUGAGGUCCGAGUGAAGAACCUGCUGGACCGCGAGGAGACGGAGCGGUACGAGUUCCGUGUGGCAGCGGCGGAUAAGGGCGUUCCCAGCAAAACCGGCACCGCCACGGUGGUGAUUAACGUCCUGGACCGCAACGACAAUGACCCCAAGUUCAUGCUGAGCGGCUACAGCUUCUCUGUCAACGAGAACAUGCCGCCACUCAACCCGGUGGGCGUGGUUACCGUCACUGAUGCCGAUAAGGGUGAGAACGCCAGAGUGCGGCUCUUUGUGGAACCCGAUAACGGCAAGUUUGUGAUCCAGAAUGGUACGGGUACCAUCCUGUCCAGCAUCUCCUUCGACCGCGAGAAGGAGAGCACCUACACCUUCCGUCUGAAGGCCGUGGACGCCGGCGACCCGCCUCGAUCCUCCUACGUAGGUGUGACCAUAAACGUGCUGGACGAGAACGAUAAUGCCCCCUAUGUGACCAAACCAGCCAACUCCUCCUACACUUACAUGUCGCCCGUCACACCGCCGGACACCAGUGUGGAGGUGGUGGAGGCCGAGGACAUCGACUCCGGACCCAACGCGGAGCUGGUCUACACCAUCACCGGCGGCAACCCGUACGGCCUGUUCCACAUCUCGCCGAGCAGCGGGGAGAUCACGCUGGUGCAGGAGUUCACUGGCAAGCACAACGGGCUGCACCGCCUGGUGGUCAAGGUCAGCGACAAGGGCAAGCCUCCCCGCCACACCACCGCCCUCGUCCACGUCUUCGUCAACGACACCAAGUCUAAUGUGUCCCUGAUCGAGGCGCUGGUAGGACACAGCCUCUACACGCCGCUGGACCGCGACAUCGCUGGAGACCCCAAUUACGCCCUCGCUCAGCGCAGCAACAUCCUGUACGGCAGCUUGGCGGGGAUCGCCGGCGUCAUUCUGGUCAUUGUAGCGGUGGUGGUCAUCCGACACCGGCUGCAGAAGGACACGAAGAGCGGCUACCAGGCCGGCAAGAAGGAGAGCAAGGACCUGUACGCGCCCAAGCAGGGCCCCAAAAACGGCAAGGGCAAGAAGAGCAAGAAGGGGAAGGCCCCGAAACCGGCGAAGCCGCUUGAGGAGGACGAGGAGGCGAGCCUACAGAAGGGCCUCAAGUUCAACCUCAUCAACGACAACGUCAAUGACAGCCCCCGAAUCCACCUGCCCCUCAACUACCCGCCGGGCAGCCCCGACCUUGGGCGCCACUACCGCUCCAACUCGCCGCUCCCCUCCAUCCAGCUGCAGCCGCAGUCACCCUCCGCCUCCAAGAAGCACCAGGCCGUGCAGGACCUGCCCGCCACCAACACCUUCGUGGGGACGGGCGACAACAACUCCACGGGCUCCGACCAAUAUUCGGAUUACAGCUACAAGGCCAACCCGCCCAAAUACAGCAGCAAACAGGUAGGAGAGUACGCAAACACCGCCAUGUACCACAGGGACAUCUAUUGGACCAACCGGGUGUGGUAGUCACACGGGACGCCGCCGCCGUCCUCCACCAGAGCUGCACUGAUUCACAAACUGUUUUUGUUUUGGUUUGUUUUGUUCACCUUUAUGUUCAGUUUUAUUUUGUUUGGUCACAUGACGGGAUAGACCAAAUAUGGGCUGACGAUAUUUAACGACCCCGACACGAACUCUGACAAGAACGAGCCGCGGGGGCGUUUUCACAAACUGUCACGAUAUUCCGUUCCUGCUCCACCUUAAAAUGAUUGAUUCUUACAGUAUUUGAUUUUUGGAAUAUUACAAGAUAUUUUCCAGAAAAAAUUGAAACAUUUUGGGCAUAUUUUGGUUAAAUGAAGGUGAGUCCCAUAUGGGUCUAUCCUCUGUUUAUUUUCUGUUCCACCUUUUUUUCCACUGUGGGUCAAAUGAAGGUUUUUAUGAGUUUUUGUUUCUGUGACGUGCUGCUUGAGUCUGAGUGUGGAGGCUUGAAAGCGGCUCUUUGUGCUCGGAUGUUGAAGUGUGACAAAGACGAGUGACUGCGAGCUUUUCCUUUUUUAUUGUUUCUGGGCUUUUCUUUGUGCGGCUCAGCUGCACUCUUCCAACCAGUUUGGACCAAUUUGAGGUAAUUUGGCUCGGAGCAGGAGCCAGGCAGAGGGGCGGGGGGGGGGGGGGGUUGUAAAAAAGGAAAAGGUACACUGAGACUAAAAACGAGCAUUUCUUCACCUCCGCACCUCCUGUCAGCUCGGCUGAAAUACCACUUUUAAUUUUGCCGUGUUCCCAAUCAGCCGGGUUUAAAAGUCAAUUGUUUGCACAGAUUAAUGGCAGGUAAUUUUCCAGGCGCCCGCUUUCGCCUUCUUUUUUUACCCAGAGUGCCUUGCUCUACUCUAUUUAAUGUACAAAAGGGUGGUUGGGGGGGUGGGGGGGGGGGUCAUUAAGAGCGUGAUGGUGACGAGCAUUCACGCCACGUCAGCUGUUUUUGUGAAAAGUCACUGUGAACCCGAGACAAUCGUAGAGAUGUUUGAUUUCUGUUUUUAUGUUCAUGUGUGUCACCGCGCGCGCGCGUG